CCAUGGCUUCCUCUCGGUUUACCAGGCCACAGGGUCAUACGAUAUCCAACACAAGCUCCUCCACGAGGAAUACCUCAAGUGACAACGAGGACACCAGCAAUAUCAAGCAGGAAAGCUCCGACGACGACACAGAACCAAGACCAAGCUCUCAGUCUUGGAACAGCAGCAUUCAUCCUGUCACAACUGACCAUAGACCUCCGACGUCAUCGUCACAACCGCCAUCACCCAGCACAGACCAGGGGCAUCAACACCGCCGUGUAGACAGGACGACUGGCAGGAGCCGAGUGACCAUGAGCCAAGGGCCGUGCUCCUUCGCGGAUAUUGCAUAUGCCUAUCGGCUAUACAUUCUCGACGACCUGCUCGCCGAGCCCCAGGAGAUUGUCCAUGACUACAUGCGGAACGUCAUAUACAUCAGCCAGCGGUACCGACAGGGCAACUCUGUCGCGCCCAUCGAGCUUUCCCACGAGGUCUGGGUCAUGGACAUCAACACGGCAGAGAUCACCUCGACGAUCGACACUCUGCCCUACGUGGGCCCGCACUGCCUCGAGCUGCACGACUCGGGCACCUUCAUCUAUGCAAACGUCGAGCACGGCGGCAGCAUCUGCAUCGACCCGGACACGGGCAUGGUCUACGACGCACAGCUCGCGGGCGGCGGCACGGACGGUGGGGACCAGGCGCACUUCUACUCGUCCCCGGCGUCGUCCACGUCGACACAUUCCUAUCGAGGGGGCAGCAGUAGUCGUGGCGGCGGGCGCUUGUCGUCCUCCGGGUCGUCCUCAGGCGGCGGUGCGGGCAGAGACGACUUCAUCGCAGAGAUCGACCUGCGGUCAGGCAAGAUGCGCCGCCGGGUCAACGUCCCGCGGAGCGACUCGGCCGCAAACGACGGGAGGCAUCUCGCGUUCUCGGCGCCCGCGAUUCGCUUCGCCGGGCGCUCGUCCAGCAGCGGGAUGCCGGUGGUGCACGUAGAGGGCGACCCGGCGAUUGAGGCCAUCAAGGCGAGGUUUGGGGCAAAGAGGAUCUAUGCGACUUCGAGGAAUAUCAUGCUGGUUUGA